AUGGGGCGGGCCCUUCGCCGCCUAUUGGCCCGCUUGGUCGCAGGAGCCGACACACAGCUGUUGCGAACAGCUGGGGGGCCGAUUCUCUCCUCUGGGGUCCAGCCGCCCGGGCUGCAGGGAAGGACCCGAGAGAAGCGCUGCACGCUCGGGUUUCCGCUUCAGGACAGGAGCAGCCCGAGCAAGAGAGGCGGAUUCUCCCGGCCUGCUGUGAGCGGGGAGGGCGCUGAGGCUGAUCUGUGGCAGGGCUCGUGGAAGUCGCUCGCCCACACCCUGGGGCGAGGUUUCUGCUUCAGCUGCCGCUGCCCUGCGGUCUCGCCGCUCCCCCUCCUGUCUCCCCCGGCGGUGGGAGCAUGGACGCUGGUAGAGCUGCUCCCUCGGCCCUUCUCUUCGCUCGCCCCCCCUCCCCCUUUCCUUGUGCAGUCACCACUGGAGAGAAAGAAGAGACCGACAGCGCGGAGGGGCCGGCCUGGGGGCUCAGAGCCCCAGGGGUAUCUAGCACAGUCCCAGAACUCCUCCGUGGGCCAUACAGACUACUCUGUGAAAGGUAGAGACUUGGAAAUGAACUGGCCAGAGGGCCAACUCACAAGGAAGAAGCAGGCCUCCACAGAGGUGGAGCAGCCCCUAGCGGGAGACCCCAGUGGAAGGAGAGCUGCUACACCAUGCCCAACCAUGAGGAGGCGCCAGAUCAGAGACUCUGUCUCCAGGUCGAAUGAUAAAGGCUGAACAAUGUUUGUAUCUUCUUGACCUUCAGAAGUUGAAUAGCCUUCCUCAUUCAGCUCAGCUAUAUUUUGAUGGGCAAUUGCUGGAAAAAGUCUCC